AUGGCUUCACAACAUGAUCUUCAAGAACUGCUGAGGGUCAUCACCUCUCGGAAGGGAGUGACGAUGAUGGCUGCAAUGGGCCAGGUCAAAGCACUGCAAACAGUGGAGCUUCGAAGCAUCCAGCAGAUUAGUGACGCUCCGCUCGACCUGGUAGAGCGUGGUCUAGGUGACUCAAAGUCGGCCAAGGCUUUACAGACCGCAUGCAAGACCCACCUGAAGAGGGCAAAUACCAAGAGAUCCGGGGAUCAUCUUAGCUCUCCAAGUGGGAAGCGUCCCAAAAGUUAUCACCCCAGCGACAACUCCGAAGGUCCUGCCCAAAGUGUAGAGGAAAUGGAGGCUGCCCUGAGUCUUUCCGUGGUUACGGACGAGAAGGAGAUCGCCGAGGCGUCCAUAUACACCAAUCGGGCGCCACUGAUGUUGGCCUUUGUGUUGGAACUUCUCAGGCACACAAUGCCAAUGCAGCCCAUGUCGAGUCGUCUAAGCUUGGCCCAGGCUGUUGUAAGCGCCAACUCAAAGUCAAAGGCCAUCAGCAUUGGACUGACCAAGGCCGCCAACGAAGACAGCUCGUGGGGCGAAGGACAGCCAAAGGUCAACAUCAUGGGCAGAGCUAUAGCUGUUCUCAAGAGAGGCGACUUCGAUUUGCAAGGCAGCGGUUUGGUAGCCCCGGAAUCUCCAGGAAGGGCUUCAGGUGAUGGUCUACAGGACAGGAAGCCGUUAGACUCCUCGAAGCAAGACCUCGGCAGCAUUGCGUUCACGGAAAAUCAGUGGUCUGCCAGCCGUCAGGUCACUUUCAAAUCAUCGACCUUUGUUGCAAGGGUGGCAAACGUCGAGGACGGCACUCAGGCAUCAGGUCUCCUUAGGUCCCUCCUACUUUCCGAGCCACAACUACAAACGGCCACGCAUAACGCCUGGGCCUAUCGAGUGAAGAGGAGAGGGCAAGGCGACAAGCAAGACAAGGGGCUGGGGGAGGUACGCGAGGCAUGUGAGGACGACGGCGAAACUGGCUGCGGCGAAUUCAUACAACGACUGAUUAGGGAGGCCGGCAUUGUUGACGUGAUCGUAGUGCUGACUAGGUGGUUCGGAGGGGAGAUGCUAGGCACAGAUCGCUGGAGACUGAUGCGGAACGUCGUCACAGAGGCACUCUCCCAGAGGCUACGAUUCACACAGACCCAGGGGGCCUGUGAUGAUGUGGCCUUAUGGGCCCUGGAUCUUCAGAACAUGGACAAUGGACUUGGCAGCCGCAGUGCCAGCGGAACAAGUAGUAACGUCGUCGGAAUUCCUACCUAUCGCCCGGAAUCGGCUCGGGCGUACCUACUUAAAAGUUUUGCUUCCGGCCAAUCUGAAGGUGUUCCCACUGGCGACAAUCCCGGCGGGAGUGCUUCUAAAGCCAAGCAAAAGAGGGUCAGCAAAUCGGAGGUCGAUAGCGAGAGAAUGCGCAACCUUGGCCGUCUCCUCGGAGCUCUCAGGCUGCUGUUCGAUAGCUGGAGCAGCCUUGGACCUCGUGAGAUGGACCGCAAGGCAUACUCAUGCUACGCUACUCGUCGUGCUAACCAACUUAAACCCACUCCCACCACUUCGAAUACUCUCGAAACAGCCGAUGCCAUCUUCAAGGCCAGAAAGAUACCUUUGCUUGCCUCCGGGGUAGUAGCUUUGGGUCUAGGAAUCUAUAUCAGCCUUUUGGCAUCCUCGUUCUAUUCCUCGACCUGCCACGAGAGCCCAGAACCAGCGCCAGAUGCAGUUCCGACAGGGCGACCCCACGCCUUCACCAAGGAUUCUGCUAAAAGAUUUGACCAAAGUCUCGAGGGCUCGGAAUGGCUAAUGGGUAUCACUUCUCUGCGGAAAAGGCUUGCUGCAGAGGCUUCUGGACAUGUGCUCGAAGUCGCCAUGGGCACCGGCCGUAACCUUCCCUUCUACGACUGGAGUCAAAUUAUCAGCUCUCGGAACUCAGCAACUCAGGCACUUGCAGCACCAAAAGCCAAUGCACGACCAUCCAAGUUCGAAGCAUCACCGAUGAUCUCCUAUACGGGAAUCGACAUUUCUGAUGAAAUGCUCGGCGUUGCUGUCGAAAAGCUAGCAGAAACUGUGCCAGAGCUGGCUGAUGUCGACCCAAUAAUUGAGAAGGAAACUGUGCCGUCUCCGGCCCAGUGGAAUGACAUUUCCUACCUUGCAGGAAGACUACGAAUACUCCGAUCAGACAUUCACGAACAUAUUCCCUCGCCCCCACAGCAGCCUUGUCCGCAAGCUAAAUACGACUUCAUCUGUUCAACAUUUUCCCUCUGCAGUGUCCGCGACCCGGAACAAAUGGUUCGGGAUUUGGCCAGCAAAGUAAAGCCGAACACAGGCAAGAUUGUCCUAGUCGAGCAUGGUAGAGGAUGGUGGGGAUUUGUUAAUGGGCUACUUGAUAAGUCUGCAGCUUCUCAUUUCCAGAAAUACGGAUGCUGGUGGAAUCGAGACAUUGCUGAGAUUGUCGAGAACGCCGCACAGUGUACACCAGGACUUCAAGUCACAAGGGUAGAUCGCCCGUACUUCACGCAGCUUGGGACGACCUUGUGGAUUGAGUUGAAAGUAUCGGAUUCGGGCGUGUCUUAG